GGAAACCUCGGAGCCCCGCGGAGACAGCAGCCGCCUUGUUCCGCAGGCCGGUGGCUUCGCGGCGCCCCCACCCGCUCCGCCCCGCCCCGCGCCCAGCCCCGCGGGGGACCCUCUCCGCCCCGGCUCCGAAAGCGUUAAGCCUGGCGCUCUCUGCGCCCCCCGCUGCUCCCGCCCAAGGUUCCUAAAAAAGAAAGGUGUAAAGUUUGGUCCAGGAUAGAAAAAUGACUGAUCAAAGGCGGGCGAUACUUCCUGUUGCCGGGACGCUAUAUAUAACGCGGGAGUGCGCGGGCUGAGGAGACGCACCGUGGUGCUCGCCCCGCCGCCGCCGCCGCCUCCCAGCGCCUGAGGUUGCCGGGACCGCAAUGAACAAGCUGCUGGGCUGCGCGCUCCUGUUUCUGGAUAUCUCCAUUAAAUGGACCACCCAGGAAACCUUUCCUCCAAAGUACCUUCAUUAUGACCCAGAAACCUCUCGUCAGCUGAUGUGUGACAAAUGUCCUCCUGGCACCUACCUGAAAGAGCACUGUACAGCGAGGUGGAAGACUGUGUGCGCCCCUUGCCCCGACCACUACUACACGGACAGCUGGCACACCAGUGACGAGUGUCUGUACUGCAACCCAGUGUGCAAGGAGCUGCAGUACGUCAAGCAGGAGUGCAAUCGCACCCACAACCGUGUGUGUGAAUGCAAGGAAGGGCACUACCUUGAGGUGGAGUUUUGCUUGAAGCACAGGAGCUGUCCGCCUGGAUUUGGAGUGGUACAAGCCGGAACCCCGGAGCGAAAUACAGUUUGCAAAAGAUGUCCAGAUGGGUUCUUCUCAAAUGAGACGUCAUCUAAAGCACCCUGUAGAAAACACACAAAUUGCAGUGCAUUUGGUCUCCUGCUAACUCAGAAAGGAAAUGCCACACAUGACAAUAUAUGUUCUGGAAACAAUGAAUCAACUCAAAAAUGUGGAAUAGAUGUCACCCUGUGUGAGGAGGCAUUCUUCAGGUUUGCUGUUCCUACAAAGUUUACGCCCAAUUGGCUAAGUGUCCUGGUGGACAAUUUGCCUGGCACCAAAGUAAAUAAAGAGAGUGUAGAGAGGAUAAAACGACGACACAGCUCACAGGAACAGACUUUCCAGCUGCUGAAGUUAUGGAAGCAUCAAAACAAAGACCAAGACAUAGUCAAAAAGAUCGUCCAAGAUAUUGACCUCUGUGAAAACAGUGUGCAGCGGCACAUCGGGCACGCAAACCUCACCUUCGAGCAGCUUCGCAGCUUGAUGGAAAGCUUACCAGGGAAGAAAGUGGGAACCGAAGACAUUGAAAAGACCACGAAGGCAUGCAAAUCCAGUGAGCAGAUCUUGAAGCUGCUCAGCCUGUGGAGAAUAAAAAACGGUGACCAAGACACCUUGAAGGGCCUAAUGCACGCACUAAAGCACUCGAAGACGUACCACUUUCCCAAAACUGUCACUCAGAGUCUGAAAAAGACCAUCCGGUUCCUUCACAGCUUCACAAUGUACAAAUUGUAUCAGAAGCUAUUUUUAGAAAUGAUAGGGAACCAGGUCCAAUCAGUCAAAAUAAGCUGUUUAUAACUGGAAAGAGUCAUUGGGCUGUUUCCUCCCAAUGGGCCAGAUCCCAUGGAUGAGUGAACUGUUUCUCAGGCACUUGAGGGGGUACAAUGAUUUCUUUCUCGACACCAGUGACUAAUUUUGCCACAAGGCACUGAAAGAAACUAUGAUGUGGAGAAAGAACCAACAUCUCCCCAAAAGUUCAAUAAACCCCUAAUAGUUAAUUUAAGUGUCAGAUCUGGUCCAGUAUCUACUGACUAUAUUUUCCCUUAUUACUGCUUGCAGUAAGUCAACUGGAAAUGAAAAAAUAAAAACCUAAACUCCAUUGUACCUUACUAAAUAUGGGAAUGUCUAAGUUAAAUAGCUUUGCGAUUUUAGCUGUGCUAGAGGCUUUUAUUAGAAAGCCAUAUUUUUUUCUGUAAAAGUUACUAAUAUAUCUGUAACACUAUUAUAGUAUUGCUAUUUAUAUUCAUUCAGAUAUAAGAUUUGUACAUAUUAUUAUCCUAAAGAGAAAUGGUGUAAGUCUUAAUUUUAGAAAGAAAAAAAAUAUAUUCUGUUUAUUAUUAUGACAAAUGAAAGAGAUAAAAUAUAUUUUUUAAUGGAAAGUUUGUAGCAUUUUCUAAUAGGUAUUGCCAUUUUUCCUGUGUGGAGUGUUUUUAUAAUAUAAUUUUAUCUGUAUAAGCUGUAAUAUCAUUUUAUACAAAAAUGCAUUAUUUAGUUAAUUGUUUAAUGUUGGACAGUGUAUGAAAUAUAAAUUAUCUGGGUGUUAGAUGCUCUGAGAAAUUGAAUGUACCUUAUUUAAUAGAUUUUAUGGCUUUACUAUAUAAACAAUAUCAUUAAAGUUUUCAAAUUAUUUUUUA